GGGGCCGCGGUCCCAGACGGGGAGGAGCGAUCGGUUGAGCCACGGGAGCCUGUGUGCUGGGUCCUCCCCGCGCUGGGGGAGGGGUGGAGCCGGCCGGAGAACCGGGCACCCUAAAAGGUUCACGCGGCGACCUUAGCCUCAUCAUUCGCCAGGCCCUGUCUCGGAGGGUUCUGGUCACUUCCGCCCUUCCCGCCAUUGCUGCUCUGAGCGCGGGGAGCAGAAGGCUCCGCCCUUUGCGGGGGUAGCUUCCGGGUUGGUGACGUCACCGACCGGUGCUGGCGCCCCGUUUGUGCUCUUGGUGUCGCACUUAAGGCUGUGUUCUCUGCACAGUGGUCUAGACGUUCUGGACUCUGUAUUUCAAAUUUAGGUCUAGGAUCAAUUCUGAGUUAAUUUUUGAAAUUUUCUGAGUGUCCAGGGUAUUUCUUUAGAAUGGUGUUUCAGAAACAGUUCUAGAAAAGAUUUCUCAGUGGAUUUCAUUUGCUACUUUAUCAAAGAGUCCUGGUAAUUGAAUCAGGGUGUGAAAAUGUGGACAACAGGGAGAUGAAGAUGACAGAAAAAUAAAGAUAGCGGCUAGUCGCCGGCCUUCAGAGGUGCUCUUCGGAAGGUGCACAUUCCCGAUAACACACACAAUAAAUACUGCUGGAAAAGCUGAGAACAAUAAAACCAGAGCUAACUACUUAAAACCUUAGAUUGGAAACUUUUACCAUAAGUAAUCAACUAAGAGACCUGUCUCUGUGCAGGACUGCCAGGAAAUUUCAGGAAGUCCUAACUGAGCCGAGAAGACCCUGUUGUAUAGUAGGUGGCACUUUGAGUGUGGCCUUAAUACAGAGAAGUCCAAAGAAGAAGCAGUGUUGAUCUCCUGCCUGCCUUCACUUCUUGUUAGUGAGUGCAUCUGUCCCAUUGCUGCUGCUGCUACUGCUGCCGCCACUGCCACCAUCCUUCUGACAUUGAAACCCAGCUUUUUGUACUUUCCGGUGUGGACUGAAGACCAGAAGCUGUCCAGGUGUGCUCUGGGCCUUAGGUGCCAGAUUGAAGGGUUCCAGCCUUGUGGGCAGAGCCUCUCCAUCAUGGAGACUGCCAUUGUUGGACUCUCUAGACCGGAUCAGGACCUGGUGAGCUUUGAGGAUCUGGCUGUGCACUUCACCCAGGAAGAGUGGGAUUUGCUGGAUCCUUCCCAGAAGAGUCUCUAUGGAGAUGUGAUGCUGGAGACCUGCAGGAACUUCACUGCCAUCGGAUACGAAUGGGAAGAUCAGAAAAUUGAAGAACAUAAUGAAGAUCCUGAAAUAAAUCUAAGGCACGUCAUAUCUCACUCUGAAUAUACACAGUAUGUACAUGAAGACUAUGAACAGAAGCCACAGGACUCCAAUUUUCUUACAAGUAUUGAAGGAUACACGGAAACUCAGACUUCGAGUGGGCCUUCUGUGUGUGAGGUGUGUUUAAAGACCUUUGGACUAUAUCAUCUAACUUAUAAUGGACAUCACAACUAUGACUACAAGGAAGCUGGAGGAAGCCAGACUGACGAAAAUGAUUAUGAAGGUAAUCAGUGUGAUAAAACUUCCAGUUCUCUUCAAAAAGAAGAAAAAAAUCAUACUGGAAAAAAACUCUAUGUGUGUCAAGAAUGUGGUAAAGCCUUUAGGUAUCCCAGUGCCCUCCAAUUACAUGAAAGAAUUCAUACUGGAGAAAAACCCUAUGAAUGUAAAGACUGUGGGAAAGCUUUUAGAGGUCUCAGUGCCCUUCAUUUGCAUGAAAGAAUUCAUACGGGAGAAAAACCUUACGAAUGUAAACAGUGUGGUAGAGCCUUCACGUAUCUCAGUGCCCUUCAAUUACAUGAAAGAAUUCAUACUGAGGAAAGACCCUGUGAGUGUAAACAAUGUGGUAAAACCUUUAGAUAUACCAGGGCCCUUAAAUUACAUGAAAGAAUUCAUACUGGAGAAAAGCCCUAUGAAUGUAAGCAAUGUGGUAAAUUCUUUAGAAGUCACAGGACCCUUAAGUUACAUAAAAGAAUUCAUACUGGAGAAAAACCCUAUGAGUGCAAAGAAUGUGGGAAAGCUUUUAGAUGGCUUACUUCUCUGAAGUUACAUGAAAAAAUUCAUACAGGAGAAAAACCCUAUGAAUGCCAAGAGUGUGGGAAAGCCUUCAGGUGUCAGGCUUCCUAUCAUAGACAUAAAAUAACUCAUGGUGGAGAAACGUUGUAUGAGUGUAAAGAGUGUGGUAAGUCCUUCAUUUACCCCUCUUUACUUCAAGUGCACGAAAGAACGCACACAGGUGAAAAGCCCUUUGAGUGUAAGCUGUGUGGGAAAGCUUUUAGAUGUCAAUCUUCGCUUCGGUUGCAUGAAAGAACGCACACUGGAGAAAAGCCCUAUGAAUGUAAACAUUGUAACAAAGCCUUUUCGAGUUAUAAUUAUCUUCGAUUUCAUGAAAGAAGCCACACUGGAGAGAAACCCUAUGAAUGCAAAGAAUGUGGGAAAACCUUCACACAUCGCUCUUACCUUCGGUCACAUGAAAGAAGACAUACUGGAGAGAAACCGUACCAGUGUGUUCAGUGUGGCAGAUCCUUCAGCCGGCAUAGUUCCUUUAAGAGGCAUCAGUCCGUUCAUGGAGUGGAAAACCCGUAUGAAUGUCAGCAAUAUCUACUUCCUUUAUCUCCAUUUCCUUCAAAUGAAUGAAAGAACAGAUACUGGCAACAAACUUUGAAUGUAAGCGUUUCCCCCAUUGACAUAAAACCCUUGUGGGAACUAAAGACAGGGAUGAGCCUUUUGUAUGUAAACUGUGUGGCAUAGCUUUUCAGGGGUCACGGUGUCCUUCAGCUCCAUGAAGGAAUUCACUUUGAACAAAGUUUUUAUUUGUUACUAAUGUGGUGUUACUUGUCACACUUCUUUCAGAGAAGUAAGUUAAUUCCUGCUGGGCAAACGCCCUAUGAAUGUACAGGAUAUGUUUAGUCUUUCAUUUUCCCCAUUUGCCUUAAAAUCAUGAAAAGUCAUAGUGGUGAAAGGUCACAUGUUCACACGUCCUCUCAGCAGCAUGAACUCAUGAUAGAGGAAAUGUGAGUGGAAGCUGUGGGAAAGCCUUGAUAUCAUUGCUCCCUCACACUCCAUGAGUGACUUGUAGUGGAAAUAGUUUUCCAAGCAAAAAUAAAAGCUGUGAAGUUUU